GUGGGGUCUGGCGCCCUGCCGGCGUUCCGAUUGGGCCCCCGGGCCGUCUACGGACAGUGCUACAUCUACUUCCUGCGUGCCUAUUGGCCCUGGAGGACUAGCCUUUGACGUCGGGGGCGGAGCCGAGCGGAGGGCUCGGCGUGGAUUGGGCGGUGUCAAGAGGAGGGGCGGUGCCUAGCGGCCGGGCGGUUGGGCGACGAAGGCAGAGUGUUUUCAGCGCUGAGGGCUGGCGCUGAGGAGGCGGCGGUGGCUCCCGGGGCGUUUGAGCGGGCUCAGCCGAGCCCGCGGGCCAGCGCGGAACCAGGCCCGACUGGCGGGGCCGCCCCGGACUCCCCGCGGGCCUUCCUAGCCGCCAUGGAGGACGGCGUCUAUGAACCCCCAGACCUGACCCCCGAGGAGCGGAUGGAGCUCGAGAACAUUCGGCGGCGCAAGCAGGAGCUCCUGGUGGAGAUCCAGCGCCUGCGGGAGGAGCUCAGCGAAGCCAUAAGCGAAGUGGAGGGGCUGGAGGCCAACGAGGGCAGUAAGACCUUACAGCGGAACCGGAAGAUGGCGAUGGGCAGGAAGAAGUUCAACAUGGACCCCAAGAAGGGGAUCCAGUUCUUGGUGGAGAACGAACUGCUGCAGAACACACCAGAGGAGAUUGCCCGGUUCCUGUACAAGGGCGAGGGGCUGAACAAGACGGCCAUCGGGGACUACCUGGGGGAGCGGGAAGAGCUGAACCUGGCGGUACUCCAUGCGUUUGUGGACCUGCACGAGUUCACCGACCUCAACCUGGUGCAGGCCCUCAGGCAGUUCCUGUGGAGCUUCCGCCUCCCCGGGGAGGCCCAGAAGAUUGACCGCAUGAUGGAGGCCUUUGCCCAGCGCUACUGCCUGUGCAACCCUGGCGUGUUCCAGUCCACAGACACCUGCUACGUGCUGUCCUUCGCCGUGAUCAUGCUCAACACCAGCCUGCACAACCCCAACGUGCGCGACAAGCCGGGCCUCGAGCGCUUUGUGGCCAUGAACCGGGGCAUCAACGAGGGCGGGGACCUGCCCGAGGAGCUGCUGAGGAACCUCUAUGACAGCAUCCGCAACGAGCCCUUCAAGAUCCCGGAGGACGACGGCAACGACCUCACCCACACCUUCUUCAACCCGGACCGCGAGGGCUGGCUCCUGAAGCUGGGGGGCCGGGUGAAGACUUGGAAAAGGCGCUGGUUCAUCCUGACAGACAACUGCCUCUACUACUUUGAGUACACCACGGACAAGGAGCCCCGAGGAAUCAUCCCCCUGGAGAAUCUGAGCAUCCGCGAGGUGGACGACCCCCGGAAGCCGAACUGCUUUGAGCUCUACAUUCCCAACAACAAGGGGCAGCUUAUCAAAGCCUGCAAGACCGAGGCGGACGGCCGCGUGGUGGAGGGCAACCACAUGGUGUACCGGAUCUCGGCGCCCACCCAGGAGGAGAAGGACGCGUGGAUCAAGUCCAUCCAGGCGGCUGUGAGCGUGGACCCCUUCUACGAGAUGCUGGCCGCCCGGAAGAAGCGCAUCUCGGUCAAGAAGAAGCAGGAGCAGCCCUGACCCCGCCCCCGACACCGUUAUUUAUUUUGGAGCUGCCCCGCCGGGUGGCCGGCCCCCCCGGGUCCUGGGGCUGCGGAUCCUGGUUCCCAUCUGGAAAGUUCACCUCUGGCUCCUCACUGGUCAUUUGUAAUUAACACACUGUUGGUAAUCUUAUUCGUUAUUUAACCGCU